AUAAAAAUUUCUGAUAAAUAAAUAUACGUAAAAAAAAAAUUCCUCCCUUUGUUUACAAUUUACAAACACUCAAGAAACUAAUUUCUACAUCCAUUAUAAAUAAAAAAAUCCAUUUUUGCUCUUCCUCUUUGUCUCUCUCUUUCUCCGAGAAAAUCUCCCAUGUUCGUCCUUCAGAGAAAAUCAAGGAAAUUAGCUUCUCAAAUCCACUUCCAUGGAAGCCGCCGUAUUUAAGGAUCGGAGCAAGGAUUUUCCGCUGCCGAAAUCCGAUUCUCAGUCUCCGAGGCCUUCGUCUCAGAACGGAUUCCACUCGGCGCGAAUUCAGAUUCCAGACAUCGAAAUGAUGAUCGAGCAGUCCGCCUCCUCCUCCACCGAGUACACGAGCUUGAAGGACCUUCUGCAGGCGGCGGGGACGGCGAUGUCGCCAACGCCGUCGUCGAGCUGGCACGAGAUUCCGAUCAGGAAUCCGUUGGUGAAGCACGCGGCCAUGGCGUAUCUCCAGCCGAUGUCCACUCCGACGACGUCGUUCGGCGACAGAGGAGGAUUCCUCGGGAGGCUCAAGGAGACGUGCUUGUGCGGUUGCGGCGGCGAGUAUGGCUGCUUCGGGUGGCUCUGCGACGUCGUUUCGCGGAUGGUGAAGGAGGUGUUUGGGGAAUUGGUAUUGGAUAGAAGAAAAAUAAGAGAUAGUGCGGAGGAGGAGGAGGAGGAGGAGGAGGAGGAAGAUUAUGAUGAUGAGGAAGACGAAGACGACGAGAAAGUUGACUGAGAGAAGGAUAGACGAGGGG